AUGACCCUUCUAAAUCGUACGGAACAGGAGCAGGACUCCAUCGGAGACGUCUUUCYCCGGCCUGAACUAUGCCCUGCCAUCGCCGAACACGCCUUACAGUGCGACAGCCUAUUUCGAAAAUACAUGGCCAUGCCGGAAACGGUGCCCGAUCCUACGCUGUUGGAUGACCAACUGGCGCGCUUCACACUGUGGACAUCGAACAUGGAUAUCUACGGACCGCUCAACGUCUCGCUGGAUUACAGACUACGAUAUAGCCCCACAGUCGUGGACAUCAUACAUCAGCUUUUGGAUGUCAUAUGUGAUACUUUGUUAUCUCUGAAGCCGAUUGAUGAUCCGCCACAGACUCCAAGCAGGAAGAAACAACGCAUGUCACUCAGAGGCGAUGCAGAGGUCACCAAAAGAGCUGAGCGUGAUGAGAGCGAUACGGACAGCGAGGAGCAUCAAGCAGAAGAGAAUAUGUCGAUGAUCGCGUACACGAUCGGAGGAACAGUGACGAGGCUCUUCCGCCUAUCCAAUGCUAUUCGGAAAUCUGCGGCGGACAAGAGAGCUCAGAGAAUAGAGCGAUACACGGACGAUGAAGCAGCAAACAAGGCCAUAGCCGAGUUGCGUCUGUACACGGAUUGCUACAUCAGAUUCCGAUUCCCACUGGCGCCGGAAUCGCUUUGCUCAGCAUUAGUAGAGGCCAAUGCGCUUCGACUUCGUCGAUUAUAUUAUCAGAGAUCGCACCGAAGGCGCAUUGACUUGAGUAUGCAGCAUCCCCAGACAAAUCCAGGAGUUGUUCAGCUUCCAAAGCUCGCGGACCGCACGCCAGUCGUACAGUUUGCCCCGAGCCUGUUACCAAAACCGGAUGCCAUCAAGGCAGCGUCGAAACCAAGUGGCCUUCCAGUCGUACCAGUAACAAACGCAACCACCGCCCGACAGACUGCUGUAGGAGCUCUCUACGCCAAAUCCACAACRGAGGUUCCCCGGGCCAAAUCUGUCAUGGUGAACAAUAAGUUGUCGUUCCCUCCGAUCCCGUCGAGCAAUGAGUGCCCAUACUGCGGCGUUGUUGUCGAGUUCAAGAACCAUAUAAAGACGAUGAUGUGGCACGACCAUGUUGUCAAAGACCUAGAGCCUUUCAUCUGCAUUUUCACUGCGUGUACGGAGUCAACUCGACAGGGACCCGGCUCAUUGACAUUUGCAACGUCUAAAGCGUGGAUGAGCCAUCUGCAGAACGCUCAUGGCUCUGUAUGGGAAUGUAGGGCCCCUUCUCAUGAUCCAAUCACCUUCGAGGAAGAGGCCCAUUAUCAAGAGCAUUCGCGCGAAGAUCAUGACGUUCCCGAGGCGCAUCUAGGAACUCUCAGUAGUGCGGCACGGAGGCCAGUGCACCAACGGAUCCUGCAAUGUCCAUUUGGUGAUGAUUUCCAAACUCCGGAAAAGGCAGAACCAAGUGCUGUCUUCUCAAGCGAAGCUUUACAUUUACAUGUCGCAGCUCACAUGAAAGAAAUCGCGUUGUUGACUCUGCAGAAGUUGMCCAGCGACGAUCAUGGCGAUGAAGAGAACGUAGAAAGCGACCAGCAAUUGGACGAAGAUGGACCGGGUCUUGCAGUUCUGCGCGGAUCCAUGUAUAGUGUACUGGAUGACGAAUCUCUAGACUUCCAAACCGAUCGUCUCGAAUCUGGUGAUAUUACUCUAGACAACCACUUAGAGGGUCUCGCACCAUCUGUAGACAGGCUCGAUCUGGAGGACAGAGACGCAACUGGAAUGACAAAACUCCACCGGGCAGUGCGCGAUGGCAAUCUGACCUUGGUCAUGAGUCUUAUCGCUCAGGGCGAGAAUGUUCGCAGCACAGCCAAGGACGGAAGGACGGCGCUACAUCACGCUGCUUUACCAACCUGUUCGGGUUUGGAGAUAUUGAGAGUUCUAUUGAAUGCUGGUGACAAGGCCAUCAUAGACACGAGGGAUAAGAACGGGCAAUCACCCAUGCAUCUCGCUGCAGAGAUGGAUUUCACUAACGGGAUACGACUUAUGGUUUAUCGCGGCGGAGCUGUAGGAAUCCUUGACAACCAUGGGUUCUCCCCGUACCUUUGGGCCGUAGUCGCCGGAAAGAGAGACGCCACGGCGGCAUUUGUGAUCCUGGGCGUCGACGUUGACUCUUCUAGUGCCGAUGGAACCUCAGCCCUAGGCUGGGCAGUCAGUCUAGGUCACAAGGCCGUUGCUGAACUACUUCUGAAAAACGGUGCCCGCUUCAACGCACCAAUGACACAAAAACCGUACACGGUCCCCUUGGAAGAAGCGGCAGCGCAUGGUAACGCUCAAAUAGUGCAAUUGCUGCUCGAAAGGGGGUCAGAUCCGCACCAUCGUAACCACGACGGAUGGGCCGCCAUACAUUGGGCAGCGGACGAAGGCCAUGUCGAUGUUGUGCGUCUUUUGUUGAGCUACAAUGUCGAUGUCGACGUGGUCAGUUCGUAUGGUACGUCGCCAUUGCACUGUGCUGCGAAUGGAGGUCACAAAGACAUCGUGAGCUUGCUCCUUCGCCACGGUGCCGACCCUUCCAAGUCAACGUGUCACGGUUGGACACCACUGCAUCAUGCCACCUUCAUGGGGCAUGUUCAUGUCACAGCCUUGCUGCUGGAAGAUGAGCGGGUAUGGUCCGAUAUUUCUCAUCAGGACAACCACGGUUGGUCAGUUCUUCACUUGGCAGUCCUGAGUCGAAACUUGGCCAUGGUCAUCGCUAUACUUGACCAUCCCCUCGCCGAGCAAGUUCUCGCCUUGCACGAUGAGAGUGGUUUGACCGCGAAAGAUUGGCUACAUCAUAAGGGCUAUUUCUACCAAAAGACCAGUAAUUUGGCUUUCGGAAAGUCACGUUGUUGCAGGGCGGUCACAGAUCUCCGACGGGCGGUUUACGAAGGCAACAUUCCUCUGAUUGAACUUCUCUUAAGACAAGGCCAUUCCAUCAGCGGCGAAAACUCGGGCAAGAGGACUGCACUGUACUAUGCUGUGAAGAAAGGCUUCCUUCCGAUCAUAAGCAUGCUUCUAGACCACGGCGCGGACCCCAACGUUCUUCCGACUGGACAAUAUGCCUGGGAAGAUUUCAUUUUUGAUUACAACAUCCUCUCUCAGCUCAGGCAGGCCGGUUACAGGGGGCGAGAUAUGGAUUCAGUGAUCGUUGACCAGAUGAGACAUGCUCUUGAUGCUGUCUCAGGUCAAUCAUCACUACGCUCGCCAGCUCGCUCACUGGCGCCCGCGURCAAAAAUCCAGAACCUGUAGGAACGACAGAGACGUCUCGCUUUCGCGCUCCUAGCUUUUGGAAACGGCUCAGAGGGCAGUGA